AACAGAGGUAAAUACUGAAGUACCAUAAUUUACUCACUGGCUGAUGAUCAAAGACUUCUCCGUUAGAAGAUGGAAACUUCCAAUGCAGCUCAGACCAACAUGACAGCUCAGACAGGAGGAAACAUCUCUGCUCCUGUUCUCCAUGGAAAUAAUAUUAAAGGUUCAGUGAAUGUAACCAUAAUACAUGGAGGUCACGAAGCUUCCAGUUCCAGCACCAGAAUGGUUCAGGCUGGCGGUUCUCCUGGUUCUACUCCGCUCCGUCAAGAUUUAGUCACUGUAUAUAAACAAAAAUUACAGAAGAAAUUUCGCAGCAUUAAUGAAGGAAUCUCACAGCAUGGAAAGUCGAGGCUUCUGAAUGAGAUCUACACAGAGCUGUACAUCACAGAGGGAGGGAGUGGAGAGGUUAAUGAUGAACAUGAGGUCAGACAGAUUGAGACAGCAUCCAGGAGACCAGCAACAGAGGAGAAACCCAUCAAAUGCCGUGACCUCUUUAAAGACAGACCCAUCAGAACUGUGCUGACUAAAGGAGUCGCUGGAAUUGGAAAAACAGUCUCUGUGCAGAAGUUCAUACUGGACUGGGCUGAAGGAAAAGCCAACCAGGACAUCCUCUUCAUAUUUCCACUUCCUUUAAGAGAAUUGAAUUUGAUAAAGAAAAAUCUCAGUCUGAUGCAACUUCAUCACAUAUGUUCAGAAGCAAAAGAUUUGCCAUUAUUAGAAAGUGAUGCCCACAGAGUCUUGUUCAUCCUUGAUGGUCUGGACGAGUGUCGCCUUCCUCUAGAUUUCCAGAACAAUGAGAGCCUGUGGGAGGUAACAGAUUCAGCCUCAGUGGAUGUGCUGCUGACAAACCUCAUCAAGGGGAACCUGCUUCCCUCGACUCUCCUCUGGAUAACCUCUCGACCAGCAGCAGCCAAUCAGAUCCCUCCAGAGUGUGUUGACCUGGUAACAGAGGUACGAGGGUUCAGUGACCCUCAGAAAGAGGAGUACUUCAGGAAGAGAAUCAGUGACCAGAGCCUGGCCAAUAAAAUCAUCUCACACAUGAAGUCCUCAAGAAGCCUCUACAUCAUGUGCCACAUCCCAGUCUUCUGCUGGAUUGCAGCCACUGUUCUAGAGAGAGUGUUGGGUGGAGCAGAGAUUGGAGAGUUCCCCAAGACUUUGACUCAGAUGUUCACCCACUUCCUGAUCUUUCAGAUUAAACACAAGGACCAAAAGUACCAUGGGAAAUGUGACCCUGAUCUUCAGCAGACCAGAGAGAUGAUUCUGGCACUGGGAAAACUGGCUUUCCAACAGCUGGAAAAGGGCAAUCUGAUCUUCUAUGAGGAAGACCUGAGAGAGUGUGGCAUUGAUGUCAGUGAAAUUUCAGUGUACUCAGGAGUUUGUACCCAGAUCUUCAGAGAGGAGUUUGGGCUGCACCUGGGGAAGGUGUUCAGCUUUGUCCACCUGAGUGUUCAGGAGUUUCUGGCUGCAUUGUAUGCAUUUCUGUCCUUCAUCAGUGGAGAUGUUGCAGAACACCUAACCACUGAUGUCUCUGAUAUUUUCAAAAAGUCAACAUUGUCAGACUUCUACAAAUCUGCAGUGGACAAGACCUUACCGAGUAAAAAUGGACACUUGGACCUUUUCCUCCGGUUCCUUCUGGGCCUCUCACUGCAGUCCAAUCAGACUCUCUUACGAGGCCUACUGACCCAGACAGGAAGCAGCUCUUAUAGCAAAGAGGAAACAGUCCAGUACAUCAAGGAGAAGAUCAAAGAGAAUCCCACUCCAGAGAAAUCCAUCAAUCUGUUCCACUGUCUGAAUGAACUGAAUGACCAUUCUCUAGUGCAGGAGGUCCAAACAUAUCUGAACAGAAGAGGCUAUCGCCGUCUAGAUGGUGUCAGUCUCUCUCCUGCCCAGUGGUCAGCUCUGGUGUUUGUGUUGCUGAACUCCAAAGAGGAGCUGGAUAUAUUUGAACUGAGUAAAUAUUAUAGAUCAGAUGAGUGUCUUCUGAGGCUGCUGCCAGUGAUCAAAGCCUCCAGAAAAGUUGAUCUGUUUGACUGUAAUCUCACAGAUGAAUGCUGCACAGCUCUGUUCUCAGCUCUCAGCUCAAAAUCCUCAAGUAUAACAGAACUGAACCUGAGCAAGAAUAAACUGCUGCAGGAUAAAGGAGUGGAGCUGCUCUCUGCUGGACUGAAGAGUCCACACUGUAAACUGGAAACACUGAAGUUGUGUUACUGUGAUCUCACAGAGAAAAGCUGUGCAAUUCUGUCCUCAGCUCUCAGCUCAAACUCCUCAAAUCUGAGAGAAUUGUAUCUAAGUUACAAUGAACUGCUCCAGGAUUCAGGAGUGAAGCUGCUCUCUGUUGGACUGGAAAAUCCACACUGUAAACUGAAGAUACUGGCGCUGUGUUACUGCAGUAUUACAGGUGAAGGCUUUGCUGCUCUGGUUUCAGCUCUAAAAUCAAACUCCUCCUCUCACCUGACAGAGCUGAACUUGACCCACAAUAAACCAGGAGAGUCAGGAGUGAAGCUGCUCUCUGAUCUACUGAAAGAUCCACACUGUAAACUGGAGAAACUACAACUGUGUAAUUGUAAUCUCACAGAGAAAAGCUGUGCAGCUCUUUCCUCAGUUCUUGGCUCAAACUCCUCAAGUCUGAGAGAGCUGGACCUCAGUUACAAUAAACUGCAGGAUUCAGGAGUGGAGCUGCUCUCUGCUGGACUGAAGAAUCCACAGUGUAAACUGGAGAAACUGGAGCUGUCCAACUGCAGUAUUACAGAGGGUGGAUGUGCUGCUCUGGCUUCAGCUUUACAAUCAAAUCCCACUCAUCUGAGAGAACUGAACCUGAACUCCAAUAUACUUGGAAAGUCAGGAGUGAAGAUGUUCUCUGACCUACUGAAGGAUCCACUCUGUAAACUGGAGACACUACACACCUUACCACCAUACACCUGAUCUGUUCUCACACACGGGUCGCAGGGGGGUGCUGGAGCCUAUCCCAGCAGUCAUCGGGCGGAAGGCAGG